AUGCUCCUCCGCAUGCUAAUGCAGCGUCGACAUUCGUUCAUCACGUACCGGGGAAGUAAGGCGUGGUACUCGACGGAAAUCUUUGGCACAAUAAAGAAGCGAAGCUGUCAAAGCUGGCACGACUACUUCGACGAAGACCAUUGGGUCACGAAGCUCCUGGAGACCCCAACCGGCGAAUGGCAACGUGCGCUGUGCUGUCAGCCGCCAAUCUUCAUCUUGCGGAGCGGAUACGACGAGCGCGAGACUCACGAACCGAGGCAGAUUGAGAUCGAGACGGAGGCUGGGUGUGGAGGCAUCACUAUGCUGCAGAUCCAGGAGUACGUUCGCGAUCUAGUGAAGAAGAUCAAGACAGCGGCGGAGGCCUAUGAGCGCUCUAGGCAGACUGAGGUGAUUGUUCCCGCUGGGUUGGAGGGACUAGAGCGAUGGGAGUUUAUCCGCCAGUCGCGAUGGCCGCCGGAAGUGCGACGGGAUCCUAUCGAACUUCAACGGAAGCUCUCGUGGUGUGAAAAUGCGUUUGGUACUGAAGGUGAUUACGCCGGUGAGCGAUGGAUCAUGGAAGAGGCAGAUGAUGGCACCGUGGGGGGUUCGUGUAAGCUGCUACUUCGGGAGGAUGAAGAGGUCCAGGAUCAUGGUGAUGCUGAUACGACGAGGACCUAGUCUGUCAAUCCUGACGGGGAAUACCUCGAAGGAUUGCGAUAUCAGGCAAGAC